AUGACUGAAAAACCACCACCGUAUGCUGCAUCUUCAAUUCGUGCAAGAUAUGCUGAUGGGAAUGAUAUAAAUAAAAGUAGGGAUAUUUUGGCAAAGCUGAAACAUGACUUUAAAAGCUAUGGAAAGUUUUCGAUGAAGAAAGUUGAGCAUAAAAAUAUCUUGCUAAUCGGACGAACACGUACUGGCAAAUCGACCAUUCAGUCAUUGCUAAUAAAUCCUGCGAAUGUACCAGAAGAACUGACGCUUAGAUCAGGAACAAGAGAUCCCCAUUUUCAAGCAUUUCAUUUACAAGGAGAUGAUGUUGUACUCAACAUUAUUGAUACACCUGGUCUUUUUGAACACGGCAACAGCCAGAUGGACAUUCGAGAUAAUGAAACGAUCUUAAACACAAUUGGGUUUUGUAUUAAUGUGGAAAUUACAAAGUUUCAUGCAAUCUGUUUUUGCGCUUCACUUGUAUCUGGUAUCAAUGCAGAAGAUAUUAAUUCACUCAAGUUAUUGAUCCAAUAUCUCGGUCAUGCAACGGCAAAGAACGCGUGCUUAAUUAUUACACGUUGUGAAUCCAUUAGCAAACAGCAACGAGAAAAGCUGAAAAAGGAGUUAAUUGAAGAUUCUGUUUUCAAGCAGAUCGCACCAUUUUUCCAGCUAGGAAUUUAUUUUUCUGGCUCAAUUAAUAGAGAUGAUCUGCUUCGCGGUAACGAGGAGACUGUCUAUCGUCAAUAUAGCACAAUAAGUGACUAUCGCGAAGAAUUAAUUGAUCUGUUCUUGAAGGUCAAAGAUCCAUUACCUGUCGAACAAAUGGCAUCUGAGUCAAAACAAUUUCGUGAACAGUAUCAUGCUAUAUCUUCGAAUACAACUGCAAAAUCUUCUUCAAGGGACGUAUACGGACUACGUUCAAGGCGUUACGAGUAUAAUUGA